AUGUCUUUCCUUCAUAAUCAUUCUUGCGAGUGCGUUAAGUCAGAAUUAGAUUUUUUUGCACAACCGUCUACACAAACUAGCAUUGAAAAUGGAUUGUGGAUUCAUUAUAAACCAAUUUCAUCUCUUGGUGAUGAUGGACCUAUCGAGUUUCAAGUUCCUGGGACCGGCGAUGACUACAUAGAUUUGUCUCAUACAUUACUCCACAUAAAGGCAAAAGUAUUAAAUCAAGAUUCAACUAACUUGGUAUCUACUACAAUAGUAGCACCUGUAAAUAAUUGGCUGCAUUCACUUUUUAGUCAACUUGAUGUUUAUUUAAACCAAAAACUUGUAUCACCACCUAAUAAUACCUAUGCAUAUCGAGCAUACAUGGAAACCCUUUUAAACUAUGCCCCUGCUGCUAAACAAUCUCAUCUUACUUGUAGUCUUUGGUAUGAGGAUACAGCAGGAAAAAUGGAUUCUACAGAUGGUAAAAACAUAGGAUUUGUUAAAAGACAGGAAUUGAUUAGUGAAAGUAAGGAAAUAGAAAUGAUUGGUCAUCUUCACGGUGACAUUUUUAACCAAGAUAAAUUUUUAAUUAAUGGUGUUGAAAUGAGUGUUAAAUUGGUUCGAUCAAGAGAGAGUUUUAAUUUAAUUGGUGGGUCAAACGAUGUAAAGUUUAAAGUUUGCAUUACGGACGCAACUCUUAUUGUUCGACGAGCACGAAUUAAUCCAAGUGUGUUACUCGCACAUCAAAAAGUUUUAGCUUCUACCACUGCUAAAUAUCCUAUUACUCGAGCUGAAGUAAAAGUUUUAACAAUUCCUUCGGGUGUUCAAGGAAAAACUCUUGAUAAUAUAUUUUUAGGACAGGUACCGAAAAGAUGUAUAAUUGGAUUUGUGAACAAUUCUGCAUUUAAUGGUUCCCUUACUAAAAAUCCAUUUAACUUUGAAAACUAUGGUAUUAAUUCUUUCAGCUUAUAUAUUGAUGGUCAACAAAUACCUUCAAAAGCUUUGCAACCAUCUUUUAAUAAUAGCAUAUUUACAUCAGCAUAUCAUACUCUAUUCUCGGGAACUGGUAUUCACUUUCUUAAUGAAGGAAAUGGAAUCUCUUGUGAACAGUAUGGCAAAGGUUACUGUCUAUUAGCAUUUGACUUAACUCCUGAUUUAUCAGCUAACUCAUCAACUCAUUGGAAUCUCAUAAAGCAUGGUAGUGUAAGAAUAGAAGUACGAUUUGAAUCCUCAUUAAUACAAACAAUUAACUGUAUAGUUUAUGCUGAGUUUGAUAAUAUUAUUGAGAUAGAUAAAAACAGAAAUGUUACUGUAGACUAUAGUAGUUAA